AUGUUUUCCAAUACUACUAAUAACAACACCAACGGAACAAAUAGCGGAACAGUUUUGCCAAACAAUUUGAGUGAUUUUGAUAGCGAUCUGAUCCUCCAUAAGGCCAGUGUCUGCAAUACCAAUAGCAUCCUGGCCUCAGCCACCGCAUCCAUCUCAACGCACGGACAGUCCAAUCGACCGGCGCCUCGCAUCUCCAUUCAGGUCAAAGUGGAGGAGAACAGCGCCAGUAGUAGUAAUGAAGACAAUAGUAAUGGUGAGGCCAACGGGUCCGCACUCAACAGCAACAGUGGCCAACAACUGGCGAUUGGCAACAAUUGGCCCAAUGCUUGCAUAUAUAAGUGUAAUAUCUCUGCCGCUGCCGACGCGCGCCGUUAUGUCUACAGUGAAGACAAAUGCAUAGAACCAGAAGUCGAGCCCAAGAACCAGGAAAACGAAACAAACCAUUUGAUUGCUCUGAGGGACCAAUUCCUAUGUAAUGGAAGUGCUUUCUCAACCAAUACACAACCAAAUAGUCAACAUUACUCUAUUGCUGAUAAUUAAUUAGACCCAAUCUAUUGGAAUUGGGAACAAGUGAGACAAUGGCUCGAAUGGACGGUCAAAGACUAUUCGUUGCACGACAUCGACAUCAAUCGAUUCAAUCAUUUCGUGGGGAAAGACUUGUGUCGUAUGACUCGAGAAGACUUUAAAAAGGUUUCGGACUCUAAUAAUGGAGAACUGGUUUUCGCACAGUUCCAGAUGUUAAGACAAUCUUCGCUCAGUUUAUGCAAACAGGAGAAACAAAACCAAUCGAUCGGCACAUUAACGACUCUCACCUCCUCAUGACGAGACGAGAGUCACAUCAGAUUACGCUUAAGUGAAUGGGAUGUUCAUCUCAUUGAUAAUAAUGAGUCCACAUCUGCAGCCAUACACAAGCCAUACAUAAUUUGUUUGCAACCAAAGCCAAACGCGUAUCAAAUUGUAUCUCUAGCCAUACCAUACAUACCAUACCAUACACUCUAUCCAUCUCUCGAUGAGAACUCAAUGUUCAGCCGAAGAGUAGUGAACACAGAGUCGGCUAUAAAGCAAUCUAAUCCAUACGACUUAGUCCGCCACGUGUUGGCUCAGAGGGGGCACUGGAGCCACAGACAGACACUGAGCGCGUACACGUGUCUCAAGUGA